UUGAUUGUUAUUCUGAGAUUCCUGCGGUGCAUCAGAGUGCCACCGGUUUUUCUCUAUUUUUGUGACCUUUCCCGAUGGUUAGUCUCAUUUUCUAAAAUUCUUAAAACCGUUUAAAAUCAUUUUUUAAUUAUAUAGUUUGCUACAUAUUCUUAUUAUUCAUCUAAAUUGUCCUAUUUUCAUUGCUUUACAUUUAAUCUAUUUUAUAAAAAUUUUAGAAUUACUUAGUAUUCAUGCAAAUGUUUUUAUUCACUUUUAUAUUUUUUCUUUAUUGUUUAAUUAAAUCUUUAAUUUCUUUGAGAUGCUCAUCUCUCGCCGGUUUCUUCAUUCUUCUUUUAAUCGUUUGAAAGAUUAUUAUAAAAUACUUGGUGUUCCUAAAUCAGCAAGUGAUUCUGAAGUUAAAAAGGCUUAUUAUCAGUUGGCCAAGAAGUACCACCCAGACGUCAACAAAGAAAAAGGUGCUAGUGAAAAAUUUCAAGAGCUUUCUGAAGCGUAUGAGGUCUUGAGCGAUUCGAAGCGGCGUUCUGAAUAUGAUAAUUUUGGUUCAGCUGCUUCUGGUGGACCUCGGGCGGGCGCUGGUGGCAGUCCUGGCCAAGGAGGAUUUGGCGGGAGUUGGGAAUUUCGUUCAGGGCGUUCGGCUGAACAAAUAUUUCGUGAAAUCUUCAGAGAUUUUGAUCCUUUUGGGAAAGGUGGAUUCUCUACUAAUCCACGCGGUCAAUUUGCUGAAAGUGGUUACGGAUUUGAUGCGGCACAGGAAGCUGCAGUUAAUAUCACAUUUGAGGAGGCGUGUAGAGGUGUUCGUAAAGAUUUGAGAAUAAAUGUUGUCGACGCUUGUGGCGCAUGUAAAGGAACGGGAGUUGAGCCGCCAUAUAAAAAGGUUUCUUGUCCUUAUUGUAAUGGUACUGGAAUGGUAACUCAACAUACACAAGGAUAUUUCAUUCAAACAACCUGCUCUCGUUGUGGUGGGCAUGGAUCUUAUAAUAAAAAUCCUUGUAUUGAAUGUGAGGGGCAUGGCCAUUCUGUUCAGCAAAAAGCUUUUACAAUUGAUAUACCUGCUGGAAUUGAUAGUGGACAGAUUUUGCGUACACAAGUUGGAAGGUCAACAAUUUAUGUUGUUGUCAACGUUUCACCUUCACGAAUACAUCGACGUGAAAGUGAAAACAUUUUUACUGAUGUUGAGAUAACUUUUACUCAGGCAGCAUUAGGAGGUACUAUCGACGUGCCUGGAAUUGUUGGAACAUCAAAAGUGCAUAUUCCGGCUUGUACUAGUUCUCAUACACAAAUGUGCCUUAAAGGGAAGGGAAUUAAACGGCUUGAUCAGCCUGGACAUGGAGAUCAAAUUUUGAACAUCAAAAUUGGAAUGCCCAAGAAAUUAUCAUCAAAAGAAAAGCAUUUGUUAAUGGAAAUUGCUAGAAAUGAAUCAGGUCGUUCAGGAUCAGUUGAUGGAAUGGAUACUGAAAGAAGUACUGAAGGAGGAAAUACAUCUAGUGAUAAAAGUGAAGAAGGGGGAAGUGGAGGAUCUUCAAAAUUUUCUUUUUCACCUGAAAAAAUACUUAAAAGUUUUAUCAAAUAA